AAGAAUCCAUACAGCUCCAAUGUACCUUUAUUAACUUUAAUUUUACAAAGCAAAAGACCCAUCAUUGGUUUCUCUCAGUUCUUUAUCACAUGCUGCUGCUAUUCUGGCACAAUUGGAUGGAGUUUCAAAGCACUUCAUGUUUUACUGCAGAUGAAAGAAUCUGCAAGCAGUGUUAUGAUCUGUAGUAAUGAUCCUUCUGCAUUUCUGUCAGACAGUGGCCCAAACAAAAAACAGUGUCAUUAUUUACUUGCUGUCUUGUGUUGCCCCAUGCGCAUCUGACCCUUUUCUUGAUGUUUACUAAAAUGUUUGUGCUGAUAGUUUGUUCAAUAAAAUUGGUACAAAGUUAGAGAUAUUUCAUUAAAUAGCAUCCUGACCAUUAGAUGGCGCUAAUGCUCCUAAUUGGUUAUUAUUUGUCAGUUCAACUCAUUUAGGAAACAAGAGAGGAAGAACAAAGCAGUCACAUUUUACCAAUUUUCAAAACAACUAUGUGAUAAAACGUGAUUGAUUGUCUGUUAACCUCUGUGACAAUAUGGCUGCCACCUUGCCCCUUCCCGUCACAGAUUAUGUCUGCUAUCUGUGCACUUCCUAUUUAAAAGACUUUGUUGUUCUAAGAUGUUGCCACAGCUUGUGCAAAAACUGUCUACAAAGCUACUGGGAGCUCAACAAGUCCCUGGAGUGUCCUGUUUGUUUGAGUGAGACGCACUGUUCUGUCCUUCUACAUCAUUUAAGUAUUUCUCGCUUCACCUCAGGGGGUAAAUCCUCUCCAGACAGCAACUUCAAAACAUUCCAUUUGGGUAAUGCAGAAAGUGAACUGCAGUCAGUAGAGAAGGACUUUUCAGUGGUGAUGAGCACUGUUGCCAGCACUAAAACAGAAGAGGACACCAGUACCAUGGUCAAAAUGUUGAUGGAGGUCAAAUAUGAACCAACAGAAAACAUAGAAGACCUUAUAUAUGGAAAUACAAUAGAGGACAUUGCCUCUGUGAAGCGGAAGCAGAUGAAUGAAACCAGGGAUGAGGAACUGAUGCUACCUGACACAGUUUCUGCGCCCAGUUCCAUCUUAAAGGAACCCAAUGAAUUUAGAAAUAAUUCUCAACCACCUCCCACUACUAGUAAAUCAUUAAGGUCGAACCUUUGUCUAAAAUGCGGUAAGAGUUUUAAAAGAAAAUCUGACCUUAGAAGCCAUGAGAAGACUCACUCCUUAAAGAAGUCACACCGGUGCUUUAUCUGUGGAAAGGGUUAUGCUGGUAAACAUGAGCUCUCAAUGCACAUGAGGCUACACACUGGCGAGAAGCUGUUAGGCUGUUCUUAUUGCACAAAGAAGUUCAUCAGGGAGAGCGGACUAAAGUCCCACUUGAGGAGUCACACUGGAGAGAAGCCUUUCUUUUGCUCACAAUGUGGGAAAAGCUUUUCUCGAAGAAGUACCCUAAAUACUCACCUUCGGUUGCAUGUAGGUGCCUUGCCCCACCAGUGUGAUCAUUGUGGGAAGCUUUUCAACACAGCGGCGGCUAUGAGAGUCCACAGGGCAACCCAUACAGGAGAAAGACCCUUUCCGUGCCCGCAAUGUGACAAGAAGUUCAUUAAUAAAGUUAACUUGGAUGUUCACCUGGGUAGUCAUGCAGGGAAGAGGCCGUUCAGCUGUUCUGUGUGUGGGAAGAGUUUCUUGAGGAAGCAAGAACUCAAAACCCAUCAAACCAUUCACCAAGACAACCGUCCCUUUCAUUGCACAGACUGCGAGAGCAGCUUCAAAAGGAUGAGCCACCUCACAUCGCACAUAAAAAUCCAUUCCUCCGAGACCCCUUACAAAUGCACAUACUGCAGCAGAUCCUUCAAGCAUCCCAAUAGUCUCAAAAUGCAUGAGCGUGUUCACACUGGAGAGAAACCCUACUCUUGUGAACACUGUGGGAAAAGGUUCCCUUCUUCAGGUGAUCGAACUAGACACCUGGCUGUACACUCUGAGGUGAAAUCCUACAAGUGCCCGAAAUGUGACAAAAGCUUUCGCUUCAGGAACAGUAUGAGGUCCCACCAGGUCACACACACUGGGGAAAGACCAUUCCAUUGCAAUAAGUGUUCCAGGAGCUUCGUUAGGCUGGCAAAUCUCAAAGCUCACAAGGUGGUGCACACCGACGAAAGACGUUACAGCUGUUCUCAAUGCGGUGUGUCCUUCAAGUCCUCCUCUACUCUCAAGAGCCACCUCAUAAUCCAUUCCAGCAAGACUCUGUUCGACUGCACCACCUGUGGCAAAACCUUCACUCGUCAAGACACCUUCAAAAGGCAUCAAGACAUUCACGCAGGGAUCAAAGUCCACAAGUGUUCAGAGUGUGGAAAAUGUCUGAGCUCAGCGAGCGGCCUGAAGCUGCACAUGCAGGGUCAUUCGGGGAAGAAGAAAAUGUACAAAUGUGAUGAAUGCAAAAAGAACUUCAGUUCCAAGUCUUACCUCCUGAAGCACCGGAAGACUGCACACACUGACGAGAAGCCGUUUAUGUGUUUCAAGUGUGGGGAGAGCUUUAAUACAGACGGGAAACUGUUUACUCACCAAGUACAUCAUUCAGGACAGAUGGAUCAUGUUUGCUCCCAUUGUGAGAAGAAGUUUGCAAGGAAAGAGACACUAAGACGACAUGAGAAGAUGCACUCUGAGAAGAAGCCUCACCAGUGCUCGGAGUGUGGGAAGGGAUUCACAAGGAGCGACCAUCUAAAACAGCAUCAGAGAACUCACAACAAGAGAAAUUAAAUUGAAGUAAUGUUUUCUUUUUGAUUUCUGCCAAUUUUGUUAAUUUCUUUCAUUAGCUAUUAUAUGUUAGUGAAAGGAGUCAUUGCUGAAUUGAUGUAGCCAGUUACUAUGCACAGCAUUGCUUUAAUUAGCAUUUUCCUUUGCUACAGAAUUAUCUUACUUUUGUCCAGGCAUUUAAGUAAUGAGAUUGAGGAUUAAAAGAGUAUUGGACCCCCUCUUGAGUUCAUUUUGAAUAGCAUUUAUACUAUUUAUCGCUCCACCAGAUGGCAGUCUAUGCUUUGAGACAGAAGUCAAUGAAUCGUGAUACUAAAAAGGUGCUUGAAAACCCAACAUUGCAGUAUUGAAACAUACAAGUAUUUCAAUGUGAAGUGAAAGAGAUUGUGCUUUUGUUUCUGUGUCUCAAGAAUAUUAUGGAUGUUUUGUUUUGUCAAUAAAGUCAUUUAUACACUGA